AUGGGUAUCCUGAUCAUUAGAUUUGAAAUGCCAUAUAAUAUAUGGUGCGAAGGAUGUAAUAACCAUAUAGGUAUGGGGGUUAGAUAUAAUGCUGAGAAGAAGAAAAUUGGCAUGUACUAUAGUACUCCUGUAUACCAAUUUAGAAUGAAAUGUCAUCUUUGUGAUAAUCACUUUGAAAUCAAAACAGAUCCAGGUAAUCUAGAUUAUGUCAUAGUAUCAGGAGCAAGACGUCAAGAGAAUAGAUGGGAUCCUACCGAAAAUGGCCAAAUAGUUCCAGAAACAAAGGAAACACAAAAGCGACUGUUUGAUGAUGCUAUGUUUCGAUUGGAACAUAAAACUGGUGAUUUAGAUGCUAGUAAAUUAGAAAAGCCAAGACUCGGUAGGCUUGUUGGUAGAAAUGAAAAUGUAUGGAAAGAUGAUUAUGAAGCUAAUUGUACUUUGAGAAGAAAUUUUAGGAAGAGAAGAAAAGAACUAGAAGAAUCAGCAAUCAAUGAUAGUUUACUUCUAGCGAGAUCAUCUUUGGAUAUUAACCUACUACCAGAAUCAGAAGAAGAUAAAAAUAUGGCAUCACUUCUCUCGUUAAGACCCUCGAGAAGUAGUGAAGAGGCCCAAAAGGUUAAUAGGAACAAAUUACUACACAGCCCUGCAUUACCAAGUUCUAGCGGGCUUUUGACUAGUUUUGGGGGUCUAAAAAAAGAAGAAUCAUUAAGCAAGAGCAUGCCUCUAACUAGAAAUUCUUUAGGGAUAACAAUAAAAAAAAGCAAACAAAAUGAAAAUGCUUUAAACUGUACAGAAACUAAAAGUGAUGGUGUUGCUAAAAAUAAUGAAAUAAUUGGAGGAGAUGAAUUGAAAAAAGAUGUUGAGGUAAAAAUAAGUAAUGAAGAAAAUACUAAAUAUGAAGAGAAAGAUCAAAAGAUAGGCAAUGGAGAAAAUGAAGAAAAAAAUCCAAUAAGUUUGUCCUUAGUCGGUUACAGUUCAAGUGGAGAGUCUGAU